CACGGACGCAACCCACCGAGUAAGGAAUCCGCUUGGCGGGAAAUAAAUACAGAUUCGGCAAUGGGGCGCAAAAAUCCCUCGUUAAUGCGGGCAAGGUUUGUCGCCGUCAACCUUCCCACCUGAACCUGGUACUCACUGAGCGCUGUCACCGAGGAGAUGCUAACCGGACGGGAGAGCUUGAUCCGAUUGGUCGGCAAGCGGCGGCGCUUCCUUCCCAAUCGUCACUCCCUCCUCCUUUCCGCCGCCCCUAUCCAGGACUCGCGUUUGGAUGAUGACGGGGAUCGGUCGCCGGUCGGUGGUACGGAAGAGCUGAAAGCUGGAGAAGUUGAGAAUCGUUCCGGUGAAACUUCAGUUUCCGAAACUGAAUGGGUCAGUUGUCCUGUUUGUGGUGCUAAAGUUCGUGGUGGAGACUACAUGAUGAACUCCCAUUUAGAUCUAUGUCUAGUUAAAGGGAAGAAGCGGAAACUGACCCAGCGAACUCUACUACAGUUGGAUUUUCGGUCGAAGUCAGGUUCAGAAAUUGGAUCCAGUGAGUCGGGAAAGUUAAACAGCAGUGUGGUUUCUUCAGGACCUUUUGAAAACAAACAUUUACUGAGGAGAGUCUUUGGUUUGCAGAAGCCAAGUUUAGAUGAGGGGAAGGAUAUUGAUACUGCCAAACCACCUUUAGUUGUGGUUAUCAGUAAUGAUAGCCAAGCUAUUGAACAACUUUGUGACAAUGAUGAGAGCGUCAGCCAAGUUGGUUCUUCUUCUGUAACCGACAAGCUCCAGAGUUGCGAUGAAGCCUUGUCAUCCCGGAUGACUCUUGAGACUUUUAUAGUUGGACGUAAGUUUAGUGAUGAAAAAGAGUUAAAUUGUGGAGCUAGCAUCACUCUGUUGCAGGACCCAGAGAAUGCUAAGGAUCCCAACGCAAUAAAGGUUCUUUUAGGAGAUUCUGCAUCUUGCAGGGUGCUCGGUUUUCUACCACGUGAGCUGGCUCGCUAUUUGUCUCCUUUGAUUGAGAAGCAUGGUGUCAUUUUUGAGGGGUUCAUAACUUCUAUUCCAGAUAACCCUCUUGAUGUUGUUCCCAUUCAAAUCAUGAGCAAGGAUACCCUAACAAGUAGUUCCACUGAUGAAAACGAAGUGAAGGACCUCACAACUUCUUGGAAGAACGUUCUUCAUGUGGUUGAAUCUAUGGAGAGUAAUUCACCCAGUGCGGCAAAGUAUCAACAGAACUUCAUUAUAUUAGUCCAAGAAGUUUUACGAACUAAUUCUCACCUCUUUACUGAUGAAGAGAGAAAUUUCUUGGAAUUGUUUUUCUCUUUCUCUGAUGACAGUCAGAGGCUUUUUGUUCGGCUCUAUUUACGGAAAGGCCCUUGGUUCCGCAUGUCCAAUGUUUCCUACCCUGAAAUUUUGAAUCUGAAGGAAGCCAGCAAUGAGCUCUCUGCAAAGGGUUACAUGUGUUCCAUUGGGCACGCAAAUGAACUUAAAAAUAGCAACAUGGAGGAAAUUCUGAGUUUACUAACUGUAUCUGAGCUACGAGAAAUCAGCAGCAUGCUUAAAAAGAACGGUCCUCUCAGUACCAGGAAGCAGGAUAUUGUAGCAGAGCUUUGCUCACUAUGCAAGGAUGGAGUAUGUCCAAAACUACCAAUAGCAGUUAUGGAUAGGACUGGAAAAUGUGUCAAGAUAGAUGCCAAAGCCGAGUCCCUUAUCUGGCGUGCUGAGAGACUUUUCUUCCUGAAUGGGGAGCAGGAUUUGAGAGCUUUUCUACUGGUUGAUUUGGGAGUAGUCAAAUACCCGAAUUAUAAUUGCGUAAUAUCUGAACAAAUAUUCACAAUUAGAAGUGAACUACUUGCUUAUGAAGAGGCAAUUGAAGUCGCACAACUUAUGGAUGAAUCGUUGGAUGAAAGUAAAAGCGAGUUGGUGCUAACAUGCAUAACCAUAGCUCAAUCACGUUUAUCUAGCUCAUGCUCAAAAGAUAUUCAAGCCAUACCUUAUGAAACACGGGCUAAAACAUUUUCUUGUUUUUCUGCAUCGUGGGUAUAUUCCAAGAUUGGCACUCUUGGGAUUUCUUUUCUUGAGAGCAAGCGCAGGUACAAUGAAGCAAUCAGUUUGCUGAAGCUGUUGCUCAGUUGUUUUACUUGUGAUGGAAGAAGAGGAUAUUGGACCUUAAGAUUGUCCAUUGAUUUAGAACACAUCAGUUGUCCAAAUGAGAGUUUGACAACUGCUGAAAAUGGGUUACUGGAUCCGUGGGUACGUGCUGGUUCAAAAAUGGCUUUACAAAGGAGAGUCAUCCGCCUGGCAAAACCACCAAGGCGCUGGAAACCUCCUAGUUUUGCAGAUUCUUUCAAGAGGAAGAUCAGAGAAGUCCAUAUUCUUGGGAGGCCUUUGAAUUCUGAGACUGGAGUGAAGAGCAGGUUCUACGGAGAAGAUGGCGAUCAGUGUGGAGUUGAACAACUUGCUCUGCAGUACUAUGCUGGGGAAGGUGGUGGAUGGCAGGGUGUUCAUACAGAGUCUGGUAUAUGGUUGACCAUUUUUGGGCUUCUUAUGUGGGAUGUGAUGUUCUCUGAUGUGCCAAAUGUCUUCUACAAUAAAUUUCAGACUGCUCCCCUGGAUUUGGAUACCGAUGGCUUCUACACUGCAAGAAAGAGCGCAAUAGAAUCGCAACUGCAGAAAGUCCACGAUGGCAUGGCCGAGGAGAUCCUCAUAACCUCAUGGGAGCUGAACUCAGGAACAGCCUGCAGAGGCGUAAACUGGGAGCGCCAUUCCCUGUCCGAACUUCGUGCUGUAGUGACCUGUACAGGCGGCCGUUGUUUGGCUUCCCUCUGCCGCCAUCUCGCCCAAGAUUACCGGAGCUGGUCUAGUGGGAUGCCGGACUUACUGCUCUGGCGCUUCCAUGACAACUACAGAGGAGAAGUGAAGCUCGUCGAGGUGAAAGGCCCUCGAGACAUUCUUUCUGAACAGCAGCGAGCAUGGCUGCUCCUGCUAAUGGACUUGGGAUUCGAUGCAGAAGUCUGCAAAGUAAGCCCCGGUCCCCUGUCCACGUAGGCCGUAGCCAUGGCGCAAUCAAAGUUCAUUCAUUGCGGCUGGUUGACGGGUAAGCUUCUCAUUCGUGCAUUCCUCGUUAUCUUGUCGUUUCAUGUUAUAAUGAAUUGUAGCUAUUUAUGGAGCAAAGGAAGAACAGCUGUCAGUAGCUAAGUUCGUUGCUUUCCUUUCUACGAAAGGAACAUGGUGUUGCUGUGUUGUUGUCGUCACUUAUCACUUGAAUAAUUCGAUUGGGUUUCGGAUGUAACAUAAGAAAAUAGGGGGACAGACCUAACUGUCCUGUGCCCCUUUACUUUGUUUUAGUAGCAACGUGGAAAGUUGGGGGGGAUUGUACCUUCUUAGCCGUCCGAUUGAGAAUCAGAUUGCUGAGUCGCAUUCGGGAUGCAAGAAUCGGAUGGCCGAGACUGUGUAAGCACGACUCUAAGCUUACCUCAUUUAGCCGUCCGAUUGAGAAUCAGAUUGUUGAGUUGUAUUUUAGAUGUAUGAAUCGGACGGCUAAUAACGUGUAAGCAUGUCGUUAUACUUGUCCUUAUUUAGUCGGGAGCCGGAUUGAAGGUUGUGCACAUGGGGAUUGGGGAGAAAUUAAUGAAAACUGUUCCCCCCACUGUUAGGAAUCUCAAUUCAGCCCUCCAAUUGGGCCAGUGUCUGUCUACUGAAUUUGAGACUCUUUCUUGGCAGCAUUUUGGAGACUUAUUGAUAGGCUGAAUUGCUGAUGCGUAUAGAUAGAUAUGAUUGAAUGGAAUUGAUCUUGUG